UCAGCGCCCAUGGCUACUGCCUACGUCAUCUCUGUGCGACGGGCCAAUGCAAUUCUGUCGUCAGAGGUUGCAAAUGGAACAGUCGACACCCAGAAUUCUUUCCAGUUUAGUAAGUAAACUAGAUUAACUUUAUUCCUACACAUAAACGAUCGCAAUUGUGUUUUCAGGAAUACGCAUUGAAACGAUAGGUGAAUUUAGCAGGCUAAUGCUAGCGCGCGGAUUUGGGCCCUGUUAAUCUCGGAGUAGUCUGCAUUGUUUUGGUCAGUGACGUCAAAUUAAACGCUGACACCUGACUCGUACCAUCUAUCAAGCAUACCUGUCAGUUGUCUGUUUUGCUUAUUAAGACGGCGGUUGCUUCACCUAUAGACUACGCUAACUCAAGUAAAGCCAUGGCUUCCAGGCGCCAAGGUUAUACGAGCAGUGUGGAUUCUCCUUCGUCAAAUAGUGGCAACCGCAAAGCGACUAUCAACAACAUUCCUGACAGGCCUGGCGCAGAAUCCUGUUACAACCGCAAACCAGACAAGGUUCUAUACGGCAGCGUGAGUGUCACGUCGCUCAAGUCCCGCUUUGCACCGACCAUUCAAUCUGCCAUGUCGGCUGCAGUUGACACUCUCCUGGGCGAAGUGGUGCUUGUACUCAACGAGACUCAUCAAGAGUUGCUACACAAGGAACAAGAGAACGAGAGACUCAAAGUACGUCUUGAGGUGUCUGAGAGGGAGUUGAAGACCAUGCAGGAUUGUCUGUGCAGUGCUCAGAAACUCAUCGACCAGCUUCAGAUCUCAUACAGUGGCCCCCAUAACAUCGGUCAGUCGGUUUUUGCCCAAUCCCUUUCCUCCAUGACGGCAGGCGUGGACCGGGACCACCAGAACCCUCGAAACGGUGGAGCCGGUGCCAACUUGGGUCUCGGUGGUUCUGUGGAUGACGCACUUCAUGGGUUUGGGCCAAGGGAUGACUACAAGAUGUGUCAGCUGUCUAUUCAACCUGAUGGUUCUGUAACCAAUCACACUCUGGAUUCCUUUGCAACAGACACAUCUCACAUGUGCCCCGAUGCCAACAGACCAGAGGAGAGGCCAUCUCAGGGACCAGGCGAAGCUGGCAGCUUUGAGAUAAAAGUGGAGCAGGGACAAGCUUCCAGCUCCAGUCAAGACAACCGAAAGGACACGGUUGGCGAAGGUGAACAGUCAUCUCACACCAUGGGUGACCUCAGCUAUGUUCAAGUUGGUGAUGUGGGAGGUUCCCAGCGCACCUUUAUCCAACCUCUGCGCCACCAAAGACCUGUUCGAGAAUGCAGCAGUGCCCCGCAUCAGCGAGUGAUGGAUGGACAAAAGCCAGCGGUGAGGACUUCAGGACCCGGAAGCGGUCACAGCGUUUCACCGGGUAGAGCGGACGAGUCAGCGGGACCUUCGUGCGCUGACACGGCCGUCGAGCCUUCCGGAGAUCGCCCUCACCACUGCUUAGAGUGUGGGAAGACCUUCCGUCUGAUUUCCAGCUUGAAAAAACACAUCCGCAUCCACACGGGAGAGAAGCCGUACCCUUGCAGCGUCUGCGGCCGCUGUUUCCGCGAGUCGGGCGCCCUGAAGACUCACCUCCGAAUCCACACCGGGGAGAAGCCGUACUCGUGCACUGAGUGCGGCAACUGUUUCCGACACUUGGACGGCCUGCGCAAACACCGCCGCACGCACACCGGGGAGAAGCCGUACGUGUGCGCCAUCUGCGGCAAGCGCCUGAGCCGCCUGCAGCAUCUCAAGCACCACCAGCUCAUCCACACGGGUGAGCGGCCGUGCUGCUGCCCCUUCUGUAACCGCAGCUUCAAGGAGCCCGCCGCGCUGCGCAAGCACAUCCGGACGCACCGCGAGGAGGGCGGCCACAUGGCCGUCGGGGCCACCGACGAGGCCGAACCCGACGCCAUGGAUGACAUUAACAACCUUCACCCGGCGGCGCCGUCCCCCCAGAUGAGGUUUGGGGAGUGGGGGGCGGAAGAGGAGGACAACGCAGUUGCUGACUGUGUGUAGAGACAUAACAAAUUAGAAAGUGCCUUGCCUGGUUUAAAAAUGAGCAGUGCCACUGAAUGUAAUUUUUACCUGCCGUGACUGUGGUCAUGAUUUCCCAAGUUGCAUAUAUUUAUGAAACAAAGAUUUUGGAAUUAGAUGCAAACUGGCAAACAUCUUGAUGUAUGCUUGUUAAUACAACACGUAUGGAUUCAAAUAUUAAGUGGUUUAAAAUUUCAUUAUUGUACUUGAUGCUUGAGGCAUUACUUAUUGAUCAUUUCACAUCAAUAGGGACACAAAAUACAAACGUCUGCCUUCAACUGCACAAUAGUGAGCAUACAUAAAAGACCCAAAAUCAUUAAAAAAAAAAAACAAUGUUCAGAAAAUGUUUUUUAUGCGCUAUUAGCAGACUCAAAAUCAUAAAAAAAAAAAAAAAAGAAUCGUUAGAAAGUUUUUUUACUAUUAGCAGUGUAAAUUUAACUAUUUUGUAUAAUGGGGCUGUUUUUGAUGUGGAGUAUAGCUUUUUUGUUAAUCUUUAAAACUGCUAACUCACAGUGUAAAUAUACUUCUUAAAUAACUGUUGUUCCUUCCACUUGUAUCCCAUAUAAUCUUCUCAGCCUUCGAACAAAAGAUACAUUACAGUACAGGUCCUGGAACUAUAGCGAGCACCUGCCAUCUAAACUAAGUACUGUUAAGAUGCUCCAAAUGUGAAAUAUAUGUCAUUGUAUGCCCACGGUGUGGUUUGCCAACGUAGCUUUGCUGUAGUUUUAAUUAAAUGACUUUAAAGGCCCUUUGCAUGUAACUUGAAGAU